CCCUCACACUCCAAUCAGUCUGCACUCGCAUGUCCACGAGGUUGCUCGCACGGGCCUGGCGCCUUCCUCUUGUACUCACCCCUCUCUUGCACCUGGCUCACCACGUUUAGUGCAUUACCAGAAACCCGUACCCGGGUGACCGAGCCACUAGUUGAGGUACUCGUCGGGUAUUAUCAUUCGCCGAGAGGUUAGGUCGGAGUGACCUAUAGUGGCGGGAUUAUAUGACUCGUUUGAAUUUGAAUUCACCCGCGUCGCAUCGUUCCGUCCAUUAUCGUUCAGUUAACUUUUUCAAAUACGUUGUAACGUGAUUAACGGGUUUCGUACGACAGGCCACGACAGCUGUCAAACGAGUUUACGAGUUUAUCGGAGGUUUACGCCGUACGUCGAACCGCGUGACAACCCACGCGUUGAGGUUAGGUUGUUCGCUGUCUAACGCGCCUUUUUCGAAUAGAUUCCUCGCCACGUUACACGGUAAAUCGAUUUAUGCGGAUAUUAGUGCGAAGGAACUGCUAGUGAUAAGAACACGUUUCCUAAGCAACGGAUAAGAGAACAAUGGGAUCCGUGAAAAUAGAGUGAAUGUUUUCGAACGGUCGUAUUUCGUGCAGUGACUUCUUUGGUGUACAGCAAAAUGUACGCGUGAUGAUGGAUAAUUCUGCGUAUGUGCCGAAUCAUCUACCGCCGCCAUCCCUGGUCGUGUUUUCACAGGCCGGGGGGCUGCCGGAGGCUCUGAGAAUGCAAAGACCCUUCAAUCCACAAGUAACCGACUCGAAGGAUCUCCAAGUGCCGUUCAGCACUGCGGCUUCUCUGGGUUACGGCCUCCAUCAUAUGCUCCACUUGCCGCCGCAAUUUUUGCACCCUCUGGAUCACCGUUUACCGUUCGGAGGGUUCAGGCCCCUGGGGCCAUCGGCUUUCGCUCCGCCGAGCAAGUGUCUAAAAGUAGAAACAGGAAACGGCCCGGUCACCGGUUCCGGUUUGCCAAGUAUCGGCUCAUUGUCGAGCAUGUCGAACAUGUUCUCGCCUUCGUCGUUGUCCUCGGCCAGCGGAGGCGCCGUCGUCUCUGUUUCUGGAGCGUCGGCGAGCAUCGGAGGCGUCGGAGGCGUCGGAGGCGUCGGAGGAGGUGCGAGCGCGGCAGCGGCACAGGAAGUCGCACCGCAGAGUCCCGCUGGCUCUACCAGCCGAUCGCCUACAGGGACCGGAACCGGUUCGGUUCCUAAUCGCGGCACCACUCCGGAGGACGAGGAUCGCGAUGCGAAUGCCACGCCUGGGUCCGAGAACACGGAAAGAUCUACGCCCGAGGAGGGACGACCGUAUCGACUGGGGCCUGUGUUCGGGGGCCGAUGCGGCGCGGAGGCGCUCGGGCUGGGGUUAGGGCUGUCGCUGGGCCCGGCCUACAGGUUCGCUCUGCCCCCGGGACUCGCUGCCAAGACCACCCGCUGCCUUGUAUUCGACCAAGGUAAAAAGAAAUUCCCAUCGGAUCCGUCCUGUUGCCCAGCGUGCGGAGUAACUGUAAGGCCGCAGGAAUUGGAGCAACAUUUCGCUCAGGAACUCGACCGACUUUACAAGAUAUCGUCGGCAUCCUCUCGAGCGCGAGCGCCAAGGUCGAGUUUGCCUCCUGGCCAUCCUCAAGACCAUCCCCAUGGACCGAUGCUCCAUGCCCCAUCAGCCGCUGAUGGAACGCCUCAUGGAAGAUGGGAGACUUACAAGAGAAUUAAAGCCAAUAGACAGGCUAGAAUCCGUGUGAAGAACCGGAAACGGAAAGCGGACGAACCUUCUUGCCCCGUUUGUAGCGAGAGGCUAUCUGGAACGCCGGAGGAAUUGAAUCAGCACGUCGAACGAUGCUUGAACAAACACAAUAAUGGAAAUCCAGCUGGUCAGAAUAAUUUGGACGAAGAGGAGGUGGACGUGGAGGGCGAUGCUGAAACUUUCGAAGAGUAUGAAUGGGCUGGUCAAAGAAGAGUGCGAGCAACGUCGAUGCUGGUGGGAGGAUUUUCUGCUGCAGGUUUGGCCACCUCAUCGAGCAAUCGUUCAGCCGGUGGCAACGGUGGAUCUAAUCAGCAGGAAGAGGAAGACGUGGACCUGGUGGUCGAUGGCGACGACGCCGCCGAGUUUGGACCUGCACAGUAUUCCGAAGCCGAUGUUAUCGCGCCACGUAUGGAUGGCACGCCGAGAGAGCAAAAGGAAAGAGACGCUCUUCGAGAAGCCGUGAUAUCGCCAAACGCGUCCAACACGCCUCACACGCCGCACACACCCGAACAAAUCGGUCAAGGUUUGGUCGAGGUGAAACCGGAACCAGGAACAGCAACUCCUCUUGGCCAGAACGAACAAGACGAGAGUGCCUCGACGUCGCCUAGAAGGGACGGUGACACGCCAGUGAUCGAGGCUCUUCGAGGCAGAAUUCGGGAAUUAGAAGCGGAAAUGCGUGGCCAACCAUUUAAGUGUCUCAUCUGCAUGGAGCAGUAUAAAAAACCUGUGACUUCGGUUUGCUGCUGGCACGUUCAUUGCGAACAAUGCUGGUUGCACACAUUGGGUGCGAAAAAGCUGUGUCCACAAUGCAACAUGAUAACGUCGCCUUCAGAUUUGCGACGUAUCUACAUGUGAAGGAAGUCGCGUGUGCCAAACAAGAAAUUGGGUUGUCCGUAGAGAAAUAAUGGUCGAUUUUUUACCAAAGAAUCGACGCGUUUCGAUAUGACUCGAUCGUGUAAAUAUCUGUAUAUAUUUAUGCGUCACGUUAAAUUAACUCCUUCUAGAUUUACCACGUACGAAUUAUGCACUUAGUAGCGUCAGUAAGUUAAGCCGUGAAAGGCGCGCGCGAAUCAUGUCUCGAUCAUGCUUUAUCGCUCGUCGCGCAGACCAAUUUUCAUCCUGCUACGAUAUAUAGAAAUAUAAAUAGAAAAAUAUUUCCUCCUCCGAUAAGUUAUUGUAUAAUGUUAGUAGACGAGUUGCUGCGCUACUCUUCACAAGUAUUUGGACACCUGUGAUUCGAUCCAAAAAUUCGUAUCUUUUAUUUCCAACCAUAUGAACGACGUUUCUCUAUUCUUCACUCUUUUUCUCUUCUCUUCUCUUCUCGUCGGAGGCAAAUUACGUUAAAACAAUUAUCGCGAAGAUAUUUUCUUCCGUCUAUGCGAAAUUGAAAAUAAAACGGGGAAUAUAUCUGCGUCACAUAAUUUCAAUGUUGUAAUGAAUAAUUAUAAUUAUUUAAUUUUAUAUACUUUUAAUCGUUCCUCUUUUAUUUAUAAUAAUUAACAGUUAUUUUCUUCGUUGAGAUAAAAAUCUUCACUCUUCUUCUCUUCUCAUCGGAGGCAAGUUACGUUAAAACAAUUAUCGCGAAGAUAUUCUCUUUCGUCCAUACGAAAUUGAAAAUAAAACGGGGAAUAUAUCUGCGUCACAUAAUUUCAAUGUUGUAAUGAAUAAUUAUAAUUAUUUAAUUUUAUAUACUUUUAAUCGUUCCUCUUUUAUUUAUAAUAGUUAACAGUUAUUUUCUUCGUUGAGAUAAAAAUCUUCACUUUUCUUCUCUUCUCAUCGGAGGCAAAUUACGUUAAAACAAUUAUCGCGAAGAUAUUCUCUUUCGUCCAUACGAAAUUGAAAAUAAAACGAGGAAUAUAUCUGCGUCGCAUAAAUUCAAUGUUGUAAUGAAUAAUUACAAUUAUUUAAUUUCCCACUUUUAAUCGUUCCUCUUUUAUUUAUAAUAAUUAACAAUUAUUUUCUUCGUUGAUAUUUGCUAACUGUAAUAUGGUUGCGUAAAGUAAGAUCAAAAUUACGUUAAAAAGUUCCACUUGAAGAACUUAUUUUCUAUAUAUAUAGAAUUAUUAUAUUAUUAUUAAUAUAAUUAUAUAUAUAUAUAUAAUAUAUAUAUAUUAUUAUAUAUUAUUCUAUAAAUAUGCAAUGAUUUGUGUCCAAAUAUUUAUCUACGGUAGCGCACGUUAUUUCGCACGAUACUUAUUUCGAGACUUAAGAAUCAAAGGAGAGACAUUUAGAAUAUUACGAACACAGAUAUCCGAACAAUUUAAUUAUAAUGUAUUAUUAAUCGUUUCAUCUAGUUCCGCUGUAUAGUUUCAAAUAAUUAAGAAAUCUGUUAAAAGGAGGAAUGCUUGCAGUAAAACCGAACACGACGAACUUUUACACUCGAUCGUCGAUCGAUAAAAGUUCGGCGACGCAUCAUCGCAGGCAUCUUCGUCGAAUCUGCUCCUAAUCGAACACUAUUCGCGCGUACCUGAAAUUCCUAGGUGUCAUUUCGAACGACUAACGUCUACAUUAAAGUCGCCCCUUUUCGCCGGAUCUACCGUUUUUCUCUUGAAACAAUGUAUCUGUGUCUACGAUUCAUCGAGUUCAAUUUACAAAGGACGAAUAUUAUGUAUGUGUAAAAUAUAAUCGACAACUUUGUUAAAUCAGCUAUUUCCAGUAGGCUUUCCGUAACCGUGAAAGAGGACAAAGAAAAUAGUCGGAAAUUAUCGUAUUUAAAAUACGAGCAGCACUCACCAACACUACGUGGAAACACGAGUCUCUUAAACGUUUCUUACAAAUAUCCAGCAAUCUGUUGUUUGCAAUCCUCUUUUAAUCCGAACCGAACGAACCGAUUAAUUUAAUUCGAGGCGCACAAAUGAUAUCGGAAAAUGUGAAGAAGAAUAACGACGAGUAUACAUUUUGUUUCUAAUGUAUAAUAUGUAACAUUCAGCUACUAUAUGCGACUUAGACAAAACACUAUACAAUGUAAAGAGCAGGCAAUUUUAAUUUUCUCAUUAGGUUUAAUUAUUUUUUUAUUUUUAUCCAUGGAAACGUAUAUUUAUUCUAUUUUAUCAGCAAUAAAGAACAAUUUAUUAUCGAUAGUAUCUGUUCGAAAAAAAAAAAAAAAAAGAAGAAGAAACUAGAUUUUAUAUUAUUUAUAGUAUGUUUCCGAUCGUUACCAGGGUUCAAUCGUCCAUUUUUUCGAAUACAAAUUUUCCUUGAGGAAUACUUCUUUAAUUGUCUACGAUCAAUAGAAUAAUCGUAAUGGACGAUUAAUUCGUUGUACGGAUAAGAUGCACGUUAGAAAGGAACGAAUUAAAAGAGCAAUAUACGAGGUGAACUUGUUUUUUUUUUUUUUUUUUUAAUUUCCGUUGUAAAAUACGCACCGUUUGCAGGCUAUGGCGAAAUCGAUAAAUCACAAGACGAUACACCAGUGUAAUCCAAUCGACCAAAGUUACGAUACAAACAAAAAAAAAAAAAGAAGUGGAUAAGUUAAUAAUUGAUAUCUAUUAAAACGAAUAACGCAAGCUCGCCUGUUUUUCCCUUGUCUUAUGCAUGUAAAACGGAAGGAACGUUGUUUAUUUUGACUAGAAAAAUUCGUGGAGGAAAGUACGAAGAGGGUGAGAAUAAAGAAAUGCAGAUGAGAAAGGAAGGGAAAGACGGACCUACGUGUAUAUCACGAUCGAUCUUCUUUCAGAAGAUUCGUUUCUUAUUUUCUAAGUAUAUUAUUAUUUCAUCCCCUAAAUCAUUGAUACACUGAUCAACGAUUAAGCGAACCAAUGAAAAAUUGCUUGACAUCGAGAAGAGACAAAUAAUUCGACUCGACAUGGCUCGAUGAAUUAUGUUACAUUGGAAAUAUUUGAGAUUUUAUUUCAUAUUGAUUUUCUUAAUAUUUCAUAUUAUAAUUAUCAGUUACAAAUUUUCUUUCGUCAUUUCUUCCACGUUCGAAGUACCAAAAUUUAACGACUGAAACAUUCCAUGCGCGUCCAAUCGAAUUUUCUCACUCGUCGUUGGUAAAACGUAGGGUGAAAUGAACUCGCGAUAAGCAAAUUAUCUUUGUUUCGAAACGAAGUAUACAGGUCGAUCGACUGCAGUGAUAUGCACAAGCCGAAGCGUUCCUUGGACGCUGGUCAAUGUUAAAACAAUAGAAAAGUCCGAAUUUUCUCUUCUUCUGCUUCUCUGUCGCUCUUGAUCAAGAUUUUAGAUUGCUGCGUGUCCUCUCGUGCACGCCGAGAAAGUUCUUGUAAAUACAUACAGAAAUCGAGUUAAAACCAGCAGGAGAAAUCGGCUCCCCGUUGCGAGCGUUGUUCUGUAAUCGAAAUAAAACGAUCAUGGAAUGUAGAAC